UCAGUAUUUACGUUAUUUUGACAGAGAUCGGAGCGGAAAUUGCGAUUACGUAGAAAAUAUAUACACAUUUGACUGACCAUGAUUUAAUUUUGCUUUUUAAACAAUCAUCAAGAUUUUUUUUGGUAAUCUCUGCAAACUGACCGAUGGUUUGAUUGAAAUAUCCAAGCAAACUAAACAUGUGUCACGGAAAUUAUUGUGACGUGGGUGGAUAAGUGAUGAAAAUUUUAAUGCUUGUGGUGAUUAUUUAGAACUUGUAGUUAAUGAAAUUAGAUUUGUGCAUUUUUAAUUUGUUUAUCUGAGAAAAAGUGAUGCAAAAUGGAGAUUACAGAUAUGAAACCACAACUACCUUUAGAUUUUAGUCUCAAUGUUAAGUCGGAGGGUAAUUCGAAUAUUUGUAGUAAAACUGAUGUUACAAGUGUUUUGUUGUCAGAAAAAGGAUCACAAUCUGCCUUCAAAGUAGUUACACCAAAAAAUACCGACGGCAUUCGAAAUGCAUUAUUGCCGUUUCCACUCAAUUCAGACUUUUAUCGACGAUUGUAUAGACCAGUGCAGUUGACAUCAGUAACAACAGAUGUAACAAAAUUGCAGAGAACGACGUCGCCAGAUGAAACGAAACACUUUAAAGAACACUUAAAUUUUGGUAUUAGUCGAUUAGUUAAGAGCCAAGAAUCCGAGGAUGAGGACAACAAUAACACAUAUCACGAAAAAAUAUCACCACUGUCUGAUUUCUCGUCAAGUUUCAAAGACAACUGCUCCAAAUCACGGUCACGCAGUUCGUCUAGAUCUCGAUAUGCAUCAAGAUCGUGUUCGGUUUCACCGGAACUGGAAGUUGAUUCACCACCUCCAUUGAGAAUAACCGAUUCGCCUUCAACAAAUUUAAUUCAGAGUUCGAAAAAUUCUGAACAAUUUUCAGUGUCUGCGUUACUUCGGGAUGAUCAGCCAAGAAAAACCAAAUCACCCGCAAUGAAAUCAUUCGACACAUUUUGUAAUAGUUACCCGCCAGUCUACGAACAAAAUAUUCUCCAUCAUCGACCCUUACUACACACAUUCCCCUGGCUAGCAGCCGUUGCGUUACAUCAGGGCCAACAACCAAACCUACCCAAUGGCGCCAACAACUAUAGUCCGAUUCCUCACGAGGAUUUGAUGCGAUUUCGAAAUCUUAUGUCACAGUCAAACAUCCACAGUCCGCCGACUGGCCAUUUAGCAUAUUCUCAUUCACAUCCACACCAUUUCCAUCAUCAUCAUUUGUUCAUGCGACCUGGUAUACCGUCUCUGGGCGACGUGUAUUCCUGUGUCAAAUGUGAAAAGAUGUUCUCAACACCGCACGGCCUUGAAGUACAUUCAAGACGAUCGCAUAAUGGUAAGCGACCGUUCGCUUGCGAAUUGUGUAAUAAGACGUUCGGACAUGAAGUUAGUCUUAGUCAGCAUAGGGCCAUUCACAACGUGGAAAAGGUGUUUGAAUGUAAGCAAUGUGGCAAAGCAUUCAAACGGUCGAGUACGUUAUCAACGCAUUUACUUAUACACAGUGACACCAGACCGUAUCCAUGCUCAUACUGUGGGAAACGUUUUCAUCAGAAAAGUGAUAUGAAGAAACACACGUACAUUCACACCGGUGAAAAGCCGCAUAAAUGUCAGGUGUGUGGAAAGGCAUUUUCGCAAAGUUCAAAUUUAAUAACCCAUUCGAGAAAACACACAGGCUACAAACCAUUCGCGUGUGAACUGUGUGCCAAGGCCUUUCAGCGAAAGGUAGAUCUACGUCGUCACAAAGAAACACAACACGCUGAUAUGGGACCGUUAAUACAUUAAAAGAAAAACAGUUUCAAUCUAGAAUUGAUCCGUUGUUCCAGUGAAAUUAUUUCUUUAAUUUUAAUUUUGUUAAAUUAAUUUUUGUAAUUUUUUUUACAUAUUUUUUUAUUUAUCAUGUGUACUUAUCAUACAUUUUUUAAAAAAUUAUUAUUAAGUUUUAUUGUUUAAAAUUUCAAUUUUGCCGUACUUUGUUUUACCAAUUUCUUUUGUUUAUUUAAUUUCAUUUUACGAAAAAGGUGCUAUGAAAUUUAUUGAAAAUAAAUAAAUUUAAAUUAAAAGACAAUUAGCUAGCUCCCAACAUAAAAGAAUCAGAUGUUAAUAAGAAAUUACAUUUAAAAAAAAAACUUCCAAUAUUUUGAAAACAACAUUGCGACUUAUUUCUUCACAUCAAUAAAAAGCCGAUCAAAAUCGACAUUUUUCUUUAAGAAUUUCUUUGAUUUGCUGAAAUAAUUGCUUAAUUGGUGGAAAAUUAAAUGAAAAACGAAAGUGAACUUAAAAAAAGAAAAGAAAUAAAGAAGUUCCGAUCAAUGACAGCAUGUGGCUGCUAACUUCCUGAUCCUCUCAGAACUUCACAGGUAACAACAUUUCCUUAGAAACUUUUUUUCUCUUAAUCUGAAUUUGACCCACAAACUAACCAGAUAAUUGUUUAUUUUUGCUAACUGACGUUUCAGUGCCGCCACCAGGUUUUUACCGCUCUUAGGAAAAAAUGUCGGGUCCUUUAAUACUACAAACUUUGCUUUCAAACAACUUUGCGAAUUAAAUUAUCGCCCCAAACAGAAUUUUGCACCUAUUAACCUGUCACCUAUUACUUCAUUUGAUCGAACAUUUUUAGAGAUUUAUUGAACAUGUCUUUUGCUACCCUUUGCUAAGACCUCAUCGGUCAGACCUUGUCGUUAAUUAUUGCUGUCGUUGUCGAUCACAGAUGACAGCCGUCUGUAACAGGUUAAAUCGCUGCGCCCUAGGCAAAUGUCAAAUAUUCGUGUGGUGUGGUAGCACUUAAAUACAGAAAAUAAUCCUAAUAUUUUUUCUUCAAAACGGACCACAACUGCAAUUUUAAAUUUUUCUUUCGGAAAUUUUCGUUUGUUAACCGACUCUGAGAGGAUAAGAAAUACUGAUAAACCGCCGAUCGACAUGACUUUUUCUACCUCCUAUCUAAAUUUUCGGAAAUCUCUUAGUUUGCCGAUGAAAUUUCGAUGGCUUUUUUUUACAGAUUCUUUCCGUUUAGCUAAUCAGCUCAAAAGUAGCUCUUACAUUUUUAUGAGAAAAUAAAAAUAUUUUCCAAAAUCUAUCUGUAAAGUCACUUACUUGUAUUAUAAGCAUUUGUACAUAACAAUUCAUUAAAAAAUACAAAAUAGAAAUAAUUUCUAGAAUUAAAAUUUAAAAAAAAUUAAAAAAACAUUUUCGGAAUAAACUAAACGUACACUCUGCAUUUAUCAAAUAUUUUUUUCUUGAAACAAAACAUUAUCCGCAUAAGAUCGUUAAAGUCCGGAUGUGAUAAUGGAUUUUCCGAAAACAUAAUCAGGAAUAGUAUAUUCCUAUUCAAGGGAAGGAAUUCGAUAUUUUGUAUCCAGAUGAGUAAGUGUCCAAGAGCUUUAACCCGUUUUCCUUUACGAAGGAGGGACAGAAUUUUCCCUAGGGACGGAAAGUCCAUUUUCUAUCCCUAAUAAAGGAAAAUCAAUAUGACUUCGAAAUGAUUUAAUGAAAGAACUGGCUGAACAACAUCGUCAGGCUUUAUUUUUUAAAUCAACUAUUGACAAAUCCAGAGCCCAGGCUGCUGAAAAAAGAUUUAUUUGUAACAAUGGGCUCAUGCUCAUAGAAUAACACAGCAAUCGGUUCCAUUACUCUGAAAAUCGUAACGAGGUUAUCAGAACUCAAGUUUCAUUACACACACAAAAUAAUAAUGGAACGAGCAGGUCUCGUAAAUUCUAUUACAACGAGUCAGAUCAUAUACGACUAUCACAUUCAAGGGUUGAAGGUCAAAUUACGAAUUUCUUCUUUUAUUUCCCAAAUUUUGUUUCCAAAAAACUUUUGAGUUAUUGUUUUCCAGCUGUGUAAGUUUCGAUAUUGUCGAAUUGGUACACGACUAGUACGUAAAUUUUCAGAAUAUUUCAUAUCGCACACCGAGACAAAAAAAAACUCUCUCUGUAUCGUUCAGUUUCGUUCAGGACGAAAAUCAUUAGAAAUAGAUUUCCGAAUUUGUACAUUCAAUUCGGAUCUCGAUGAGCAUUAAAUUUAAAAACAGUUUUGCUUUCACCUUCUCAUUUUUGUUCGUGUUAAAAUGUAAAAUAUUGAAAUAUUAUAAAAAUUGUGUAAAUAAUAACAAGUAGGAUACGGACACACCGAGAGAUGAAUGAAUUAAAAUUUAAUGAAAAUAAGAAAAUUAAAAUUAAAUAAAACAGAAAGAAAAUGAAAAGAAAAACACAGAAAAAUAAAUAAAUUUUAAAUGAAGACUCAUGUGAUUACAAUUUAUCUCUAUAUCUCUAUAUAUGUUUUUUAUUACUCAUUGAACAAUAAUAAAAACUUUGAUUCUGUCUGAAA